AUGGAGUACAACGGCAACCGAUUGAUUGAUGAUGAACUCAAGUACAAUGUUGAGGAUCAAAGAAAAGAAAAUGAGAGACUUCUGGCUAUGAUAACAGAUGAGCAGAAAGGUGUUUAUGAAGAGAUUUUGGAUGCUGUUUUGAACAACAAAGGUGGUGUUUUCUUUGUAUAUGGUUUUGGAGGUACUGGUAAAACAUUUCUUUGGAGGUUCCUUUCAACCACUAUUCGAUCCAGAGGUAAGAUAGUUAUCAACACUGCAUCGAGUGGGAUUGCUGCUCUGUUGUUAGAAGGUGGUAGAACAGCACAUUUGAGGUUCGGAAUCCCAAUAAAUCCAGAUGAUUUUACACAAUGCAAUAUGCCUCCUGGAUCAGAUCUUGCCAAUUUGAUGAAAAGGGCUGACCUUAUUGUAUGGGAUGAGGCUCCGAUGAUGAGCAAGUAUAGUUUCAAAAACUUAGAUAGAAGUUUAAAUGAUAUCAUCAGAUUACCUGUGAGAAAACCAUUUGGUGGGAAGGUGGUUUUUUUUGGAGGUGACUUCCGUCAGAUACUUCCGGUAAUUCCUCAUACUGGCCGAUCAGAAACAGUUAUGGCAACAAUCAAUUCUUCAGCACUAUGGGAUGAUUGUACAGUUUUACAACUUACAAAGAAUAUGAGGUUGCUUGGUGGACUAAGUGAUGUCGCUGCCGCUGAACUUAAGGCAUUCUCUGAAUGGAUAUUAGCUGUUGGUGAUGGUAAAGUCAAUACUCCAAAUGAUGAUGUUGUGGAUAUUGACACUCCAGAAGAUUUAUUGAUCAAAGAUUGUGGCGAUCCAAUGAAAACUAUAGUUAAAGAAGUGUAUGGAAACUUAAUAAGUAGUCAACAUGCUGAAGACUUUUAUCAACAUCGUGCUAUUUUGAGUCCCACAAACGAAGAUGUUGAUCAAAUUAACGAUUAUAUGUUUUCAUUGCUGCCAGGUGAAUUACAUACUUACCUGAGCGCUGACAGCAUUGCACCUAGUGAUAAAGACCCAUCUCAUAAGAUAGGUGCACCAGUUAUGUGUUUGCGUAACAUUGAUCCUAAGGGAGGUCUAUGUAACGGCACUAGAUUGAUUGUUACACAUUUAGCUCGCCAUGUUAUAGAGGGUAGAAUCAUAACAGGAACCGAUAAGGUUGGAGAUAAGGAAUUCAACGUCGACAAAAGGCGAUUUGAAACACACUUGAUUCUUGGCGAUGAGAAUGGUUAUAAGGUUGAGGCGGCCAUCGAUUUGGAUCUCAUGCCCGUCCUCACUCAAAAGUUAAAAAAAGGAGAGUUGAAUGCGGUUUCCUUAUUUCAAAUCGUCCAUGCUUCUGGCUCAUUCAGGAAUACUAUCAACAACCAUUUCAUCAUCAUGCAUGAACACACCGUUGUAACCAAAAUCUCUGCCCGUAACCCUAAGCAUAUGAUGGAUUUCAUCCCCUUCGAAAAUAUCAUCAACCAGAAGAUAUGCUCUCAGUACUCUGUCGACUUGAUAGGUGUUAUUAUCUUUGUUGUUGACUUGAAGAGUUUAGAAAAUGAUCCUGAUGCUUUGGUACAUGGACCAUGGAGCAAUUUGGAAAUUGAAAUAAGAGACAUGAACUUCAGGGAACUUACAGUUGAACUGACUGGGAAAACAGCAGUGGAGUUUUGGAGAAAGUGGAAAGAAAUUGGAACAUAUGAAAUGGUGUUGACUCUUAGGAUGUUUCGCGUUUUCUAUGAUUCUCAAGGUUAG